AAUCAAGACAAAGGCGGACUAAAAGUUUAAAAUGUCUAUUGACUUCAACGAGGCACUUGAAAUGCUGGUGGAAAAUAUAUCAAAAUACAUUAAACCUGAUCAGCAAUCAUAUAUGCAAGAUGCAGCCGAAAUAUCCCAGAAAUUAAAUGAUGAGCUCAUCAAUAUAAAUUCUAUUUUCAAGGGCUCAGUUUAUAAAUGGGAUCAAACAUAUAUGUUCAACUGUAAGCCAUAUCCCAAAACGCAUGUGCCGAUUUUGUGGAUUGACAUUCCAUUUGGGGUAGAACCUCAGAAAGUUUCCGUUCACCUCGAUCCAGGAUGCAGAUUGUUUAAUCUUAAGACGGUUGUAAAUCAUCCAGUCGUUCAGAAUGGAUAUGUGAGCGGGGAAAGACUGCUCAAUCUGUUCUAUUUGGAUUUGUACAGAGCGGUUGACAGGAUGCACAUUUCUAUUUGUAAGAGCGGAAAAAUAUAUAAUAUAUCGGCCAACUUCCUUAAAUCACGUGCAUCAAAAUUUGAGAUUGUUGUCAAGGAAUAUGGGAAGGAUGGGUUGGAGGAAAAUCCGACAAUAAUUUAUAAGUUUCAACUCGUGUUUAACUUCUCCAACGAUUCUGUCCUGUAUUCAUACAUGAAUAACCACUUUCACCAAGUUGAAAAAUCCAAGGUAGAAGCGAGUGGAAGGAAAAGCAUUAAAUUGCUGACCAAUGCAAAAACAUUGUUGCUCCAAUUACAAGUUGCAGAUAAAUUCCUUACUGUUCCAGCUAUAAAUUUGGUACUCGAAACUUGUGUUGAUUUGCGUGUGGUUUCAAAUACUGGAGAUGUUUUGCUUUCGGCUAUAGCAAGUUUAAUACCGUUGAGCGAAAGUUCCGGGACCUUGAUUUACGUCUUUGGAAAAUUACUGCAGUUCAAACAGUCGGACUCUGUUCAAAUGUCAGAGCUAAAGGAUCUUUUUGGUGUGCACUAAAAAUUGAAAUGGAGUUUAAAAAAAAUAUGAGUGCAGCAUGUUUUCAGGCGUAGUUAAAUAAGAAUAAAGUUAAGAAAUGCAUUCCCUAUCUCAAUAUUCAAAAUAUCGAAGCCAAAAAAGUAGAGACACAAAGAUUCCUAUUACGUA